AUGGGCGAAAAGCCGCAGAAGUCGAGCAAGAUAACAUCAGAACCGACGAAGAAGGGUAAAUCCAAGGAGAAGACGAAGAUACGACGGAAGUUUUCAUCGCCGCCCUCUGGCCCCGCCCACCACAUAAUCAACAAAGUAGACUCAAUCAAAGGCGAAGAUACAGCGAUCCUUGAUCACUCCAACAUACCUCGACCAAUGGUGGAGGAGCAGUCGGGUGAUUCUUCCUCGCACUUCUUGUAUGAAGAUCCUACGCCUCCGUCUUAUAGCAGGGGGCGCGCUGCCAGUGUCACGCCAGCACAUCACGAAAUGGUUCUCUACAGAGACCCACGAGUCUCAAACCUUGCUGGAGCAGCUCAAGAGCACAUGACCAAUCCGCUGUACCCACUCCACUACAAUGCCAUACACAGCGAGCCUCUUGCCAGUCAUAUUGAACCCCAUAGAUUCUCUCUCUACCCCAAGGGCAUUGACAGGAUGUCUUUAGAUCUUCCAUUCGGGAUACAGGAAUCUGAAGGCUUAACGAUAUCUCCUGAUUCAAUGCCCAUGACAACGCUGGUCAAUCCACUACAGACAGAUCGUUUGCAACGCCCCAGUCGGGAUCCUAGCCUCAAAUCCAUUGAUACUGAUCAUGCUGAAGGAACACAAGCGUCGCAUACAACGGUCGAAGACAUGCACAGAUCGGCAAACGAUAUGAUAGUCACGGAGUCUCUUUCGCGAAAAGCUUCACAGCUCGACCUUGCUGAUGGACGGACUAGCAGGCGCGCAAAGCAUCACGAGUUAGAGGGAUUGAUCAUCGCGGUCACAGUCCAAAGCAACCAUGCUACCUUUUACUCGCAAUUUUCGAUCCCAUCACAGAUGAAGUGGCCGAACCACAUGAGUGAUGUCGACAACUUGAGGAUGGAUGUUAAGAGAGCUGUCAGUGCAAAGAGGCUGAGGAGAAGGGAUGGCUCAUUCUCAAUGGAGCUAUACUGCGAAGAAGGGCCAUCUUCCGGCAAAGAAAACCAAGAUCAUCAGAUGCAAUGGCUUCACAUGCAAACGCAUCGCCUGAACCUUACCGACUUUGAGAACGCCUGCUUGAAUGCUCCAGAUAUCAGUAGUAAAACACGUUUCACGAUGCUGAGACUCUUUGAACAAAUCCGAACCAAACAUCAAAAACAGCAAUUCGAUGGGUACUGCAUCGAACCGGGUACAGUAUUACGUUACGAUGGAAUGUCUUCUGGCACCACUGACACUACGCAAUCCUCUGCUAUCUUUAUGUGCUUUCCAUAUCUUUCGGUAGGAGCGCGCCAGCAGACCGUUAAGUCACAUGAGGAUGAGUACCCUACCAGAAGCAUACUGCAAACUCUCUACCCUUACGAAUCGACUGCAUUACGUGAGGAGACUCCGAGCUUUUGCAGUGAUUCACCUCAAGCGUUAGAUCAAGUACUCUACGUUCCCCAAUGUUGGGUCGUUAUUCUUAACUCCGAUACGGUGAUCUCGUGUUCUGAGCUUAAGCUCGAUAACCUGAUAGACGAAUCAAUAACAAUUUCGCAUCAUAAGAAGUACUUCCCACCUGUCACUAGUCAUCAAGGCGAGGUCCCGAUACGCGUUGAAGACUACCUGAUUGACGACGAUGAGUCUGAUGUUUCGAGCAUGACGGGUGCCUUCGACUCUCCUCUGGGUGACGUGGAAACACCACUUUCGGUUGGAACAAGAGAUGACACAGUACAACAAUUCCCAAGUCAUUCGAUUCUCAACCCGACCUUAGGUCCCACGGUAAAAGAGUCGACCAUUUCCGAAGACCACCCAUCAGCUGCAGGAAGUCCUCGCACGCAAGUCAGUUUCGGAAGUCUCCAAAUCGCUGUACCCAAUGAUGAGACCCAUGAAAAGCGACUCCAGAGUUCGUCGCUUACUGAAGAGGAAGCCGCCGAAGCAGAAGCGUCUAUUCUUGCGGUAUUAGACACAUUGAAAAGCCCACAUAUGACCAUUGAGUACCUGGAAAGGUUUAACACGUACAUCACGUACGUUCUCACUCUAUGGGAUCGCGCUCCACCUGGAGAGCAAAGGCGUCAAUCUAGUGUCCUGUCACGGUUGCAGGAUGGCAUGUUUCGUGCCGAGGUACUGCACGGUAUGUGUGACAUAGAAUCUCAGGAUUCAGUUUUUUCGUCAAAUCUCGAAUAUCGCGACGCUAUGCUAAAGGCACUUGGGUUUGUGGAAUCGUCUGUUCAGAAAGAGCUUGAGAGUCUUGGAGAAGUAGUUAUGGACGCGAUGACCCUUUUUCGGGGAAUCUCAGACUCCAAUACUAGAAACGCGAUCAGAAUAGCGAAGAAAGCACUUCGAGAUCAAAGAGAAGUAGUUAAGCUAGAAACUUCGGAAAGGUUGCCGUUGUCAGAUUCGACUUCCGGAUCAGGUGUUGACAAUGUCAAGCCAUUCUUGACCUGGGUCUUGGUCGAUGCGGAACUAGAUCAGAAAGAAAACACGGAGCGUGUUGCGGCUGAAUAUCUUCACGGGAUGAUGCGAGAGAUCGAACAGAGUCUGCUUCAGAGGAACGAACACUCUUAUGAUUUAUGUAGAGAACUCACGAUCUCUGACCUAGUGUAUUCUUUGCAAGCUUCAACGCCGCAGAGAUCUCCUAUGACUAGUAGCUCUGUUGCUCCCGGUCACCAACGAACGCCGAGCCGACCAGCACCAUGGAUGGCUACGUUACAGGUCUUGACUUCUUUCGGAACCAUGUUAGAGAAUCGUCCGCCGGAGGAUCCUGUCCUUAGCGCACAGAAGAACAUGGUUCGCGCUGCAAUCGAUGAGCUGUUUGCAUGCUUGAAACGUUUUGUUGGGCUAUAUGUUCCGUGUGAUUACGCACACUCGGUUUGCUACAAGCUCUGGGGUUCAAUGGCGCUUCUCAAUAACAGUGCGACGCUACUGUUCAAGGAAGAGGAGCAUCCGAGGCCGCUCUACAUCAUACGCCCACUUCAGACCAGCUUCUUACGAGACCGGAAUAUCAAAAAGCCAAUGGUUCCAAUUAGUUCUUGUCUUGAGUGUAAAGACGGACACACAUACAAAUCGCAUCAAGAGGCUCUGACUCAUCUCAACAAGGUCCAUUUUCGGGACAGCUCGUCGAGACAUCAUCAAACAGCACGCCGUUAUUUUGUGCGUACCGAAAACGAUCUUCGUAAUGAACGAGCCAGCAAGCAACACCUGUGGCUGCUGCAGAUUUGUAUACAGUAUUUUGAAACGUUGGUCACACGAGGAGAAAAACUACAUUUAGGUGUCGCCGAAGGGAAGCAGACCGACCGUCGCCGAUAUCAACUACCGGAUGGUCUACUUGACUGCUUUGAAGAAACUGUGCUCUUCCUCAUGCAAGCGACGACGUCCGUCGUUGCUAUCAGAAACGAAGCAAGCAUAUGGAAACAUACACCAGGGAAAGCAAUUGACGACCUAGAAAGCCCUGCAGUGCAAAGUGCUCUCGAGGAACUAGGGAAGCUGGGAGAAUCCGCGCAAGCUUCUAUGACUCGGGCUGAGAAAGCAGUAGUUCUUGCUGGGGGCGAGGGAAGUACGGUCAGCAUCGGCAAUGCAGGACCGGAGUUUUUGGUCUCGAUUGUUCUCCAAAAUAUUGCGAGGAGGCAUCUUUUGACCGACGUAAAGAUGGAUGUCAAUCAAUUGUACCAGGAGUAUACUUCGAAAUUGGAAUACCAGAUCUACCAAUUCCCCCGCAAACGUCUACUCAGAACGAUUCACAAACUCCAAGAAGAGCUCACUGUAGUUCAGCUUGUAAACUCCUGGCAAACGAAAGCAUUCGAUAAUUUCCUUCAGAUUCUGGACCCCAAAACCUUCAAGCUCCCUACAUCCGAUCGCAUUAGUCUGUUUUUGCCUGAGUCAGAGUGUAUUAGCGAAAGCCUCAAAUCGCUGCAAAGCAAGGCGGUGGAGCUCGAAGCCCUCAAGAAACGCACGCAAUAUCUCCGUGAGCAACUGAAACAGAGCGUGGAGAUCUUAGAGGAGGACCAUGGCAAAGCUAUCUUGAUGUUCACUAUAAUCACCACCAUCUUCCUACCGCUCUCUUUCGUAAGCAGCCUUUUUGGGAUGAACACAUCUGAUAUUCGAAACAUCGAUAGAACGCAAGCUUUCUUCUGGGUUAUAGCCAUUCCAUUCACUGCUAUUAUUGUUCUUGUUGCGCUCUUGUUAGCUUAUCGCGGGGACAAAUUGUACGAUCUUGUCGUGCAGACAAUUCACGAAGUGAAAGAGCGGCACAUGAAGACUGGCUUGCCAAUAGCACCUUUACCAGAUGAAAGAGAAUGGGGGAAUCUAUUUUCAUUCGCCAGGCCAUCUCGGGCUCUACGCAGUCGGAGCAAUGUCGCGACUAACAGCAUUGAGCUGAACACUUUGGCCUCCGCGAGCCGAUCCGCCCUCGUAACAUGA